AUGCCGCCGUCCCAUAAGCGCGGGGAGUCCUCCGCUCCGCCCACCGUGUAUCGGUCCACCGGGCCUACACCAAAACAGCAGCUUUUCCCCGGCCGCAAGAGAUCCGCCAAAACCUACGGAAAGGCCACAACUCGCAGCCUCAAGCAGGAGACGCUGACGCAAAUGGACUUUGUGGGCACGCCGGCUGGGUCUGCACCCGAGCUGCUGCUGGAAGACAGCCAGGAUGACGAUGACCACUUCAUAGAACUCGAGCCGCUGCCGCUUCCCUCGACCAGGCAACCGCGGGAAACAAAGGCCAACAAGAAGGCCAGGUCAGCCCGCAGAGUGACAGCUGGAGAGAGCCUGGAGCCGCCAGAGCGCAAGCGGGACUCCAAACGACGUAAGACCAUGGGCGAUACACCCACCGGAAGCGCAUCAAGCAGCUUUCACACUCAGACCUUGACACAAUUCUUGUCAAACCACGACUCGGAAGAAGCUUUGGACCAGGGCUGGCACGUCACAGACUCGGAGGCCGGAGGAGAUGCUGGUUUCAUUCUGGAGACGCCACAGAAGAACAAACCGACAGCGGCAGCAGCGGUGCCCGAACAGCUCCGUGCCGCAGACCUGGAAGCUGAGACAGCGAAGCUUGUCACGCCGUCUGGCAGGGACAGGAGGACAGAAAUCCCAUCGUCUCAGUCACCAUUGACACCGAUGUUGCUCCGCUACAAUCCAGCUGCGCCGCACGAGUCACCACUGCGACGAAAGUCCUCGCCGCUUCGACCGCAAACAACUCCCAUUCUGAAAAGUGCCCGCAAGACUCCCAGGCUCCAGGUUGAAGACACCUUUGCCACUCUGGAGAGCUCGCCCACGACACCCACAGCUCUGUCGGUGGCCAUGACGCCAAGAGCGGGUACGGCCAAGAGACUGCGUUUCGAAUUUGAGGUCGACAAGGAGAACAUUACUCCUGGCAGAAAGAAACCGAAGUCCCCCAAGGCCCCCAGGGACACGUCUGGCCGCAAGCCGCUACGGGAAGUCCCAGACUCAGAUGAAGAACUCGACGAUACCACCGACGAGGCAGAAAGUGUGUCGGGGGCGGUCGAAGAUCGUGGCACACGAGACGAGACACCAUGUCCAAUAGCGGAGGAUGACUCAGACGCCACCGCCGACCCAGAGAGCUGCUAUGGUGACCUUGGGGCGGAGACGCAAGCUCAACUGCUCUCAUCCAACUUGACCUCAAGUCAUGACCUGAACAGGCAUCCGCAGAAGCGUGCUAAUGAGAAUUUGACCCCAAGACGACCGCGUGCUGCGGGUUCCCCAAGUCCUCGAGCGCCACGAUUGCCACAAUCCAGUGCCCAGACAUCAAAAGUGGCCACCCCAAAGCGCACAAAGGAUGGUCCAGCAAAGGACCACGAGACGCAGUUCACACCGUACACGCAGGGAAUGGAAAGCCAGCGUGUACCUCUAGAUGACAUCCGAGCGCUGGGUCCGCAGACUGACCGCUCUGAUAUCAUGGUGUCACUACACCCCGAGCCCCUGCGGCACAUUAUCGAGGGCACCAAAGACCAUGAGUUCCGAGCCUGGAAGAUCCCUCCCGAGGUCUCUAGGGUCUGGCUCUACGCAACGAACCCACACAGCGAACUCAGGUACAUGUGCAUCCUGGGACCUCCCAAGGCGCCUGGCGAGAUCGAGAACGAGAAGGGCCUGGGCAACGCAGAGUUCAACAGCGGGAAGAAGAGAUUUGCAAAGUACGCAUACGAGUUCAUCCAGAUAUACGAGCUCAACAAUCCCGUGCCGCUGGCCGAGAUGAUACGCAAAGGCUGGAUCAGGGGCGCGCCGCAGAAGUACGCAUUCGUGCCGCCCGCAGUGGUCGGGGAACUGACGGCCAACCUGCGCUGCGCGCUGUUUGGCAGCGACGAGGAGACACAGCAGUAUCCAGAGUUCCCGGCCAGCAGUCAGCCACUGACCGAAUCCCAGGAGCUCAAGGCGCAGCUCCAAAGCGAGGGACACUACUCGACCCAAAGCUUGCCCUCUGAGCAUGACCCAGCUCACGAGGGCCGCGAGAAGUCGUCGCCGCUUCGUCCGGAUGAGGAGGAUCAAGAAAACAUGUUCGCGAAGCCAGCUCUGCCGCCGAGCGAUAAGGUCGACUCGGACCUGCAGACCCCGCGGCCGAGCCGGGCGAGGUAUGCAGCUACUAGCAGCAGCCUGGUGCGCACAUCACAAGCCACCACAAUCAGCCAGUUGUUCUCGAGCCCGGCUCCCUCGCCGAAAAAGUCGCAAAAGUCCAAGGAGACGCCGUCUCGGCAGCGGCGGACCAGGAGGAGCACACGGCGGCAAAGCCAGCGCAGCAGCCAACCCUCUGGCCCCGUCGUGGCACACGGAGAGCACACAGUUGUCGACAUCAUAAGUAGCAGCAGUCCCGUGCUACCACGCAUCCUCGACCACGUCCCAGCCGGCGACGGUGAAGAGGACUCGCAAGAGUACAGAACAAUAAGAACAACGACAACGACAGUAGCAGCAGCGCGUGCGCAAGAUGAUGCAGGGAAAGAGGAGGAGCCCGAGUCGGAGUCAGGACGGACACAAUCGUACCCGCCCUCGUCGUCGGCCGCGCACUUCCACUCCACCGGCCUGAUGUUGCCAGAGAGCCUUCUUGGCCACGACGAUGACAACGACGGCCCGCCGCCGAUCAUCUGGGACUCGGCGGACGAGCAAUCCGACUAG